UGCUCCGGUGUCAUACCGAAAUCGUUUUCGCAGAAAGUGGUGACUUGGCUCCUAGACUCUGUAAACGCCGGUCGCAGUGUCUUCUCCAGUACUGAACAUCAGAAAGCUAAUCCAGAAGAAUUGAAUUAAAGCUACAGCCAGCUGAAAAUCCAAAUCGAGGCAAAACGCAAGAGCACGAAAGCAAGGAUCGCUCCAGAGCAAUCAGGAAAGAAAAGUUUGAAAGUUCUAUUCCAACCGAUUCCAGUUUUACAAGAUAGAAAAUAGUUGUUCGAAAUUUAAAUUCCCUGUUCAAGUUUAACGCCAGCAUAGAAGAGAAAAUAUUUUACGAUUUCGGUUUUAUCCACAAAGUGAUUUUUUAGUUCUCCAAUUCCGUUUGAAGAUAGUCGAAGGGAUUUUCUCGGAAAGUUUGAGAUUGUUAUCGGUCAGAAAAGAAGAUACAAGUUCGAUUUGGUGAAUCAAUUUAUACGAAUGAAACAAAAUCAGUCCUAGCAAAGUUCAAAUUUCGUGCGAAGAAAAAUUAAGAAUUUAAUUGAUCUGUCUGUUUCGUCGAAGAAAAACGGCCAAGAUUCCCUUUUGGGAAGAAAGAAGAAGUAGCAGCAGUGCAAAAGUUUCCUUCCUGGCCGAAGUAGUUUGGUUGGAAAACUCUCUCUUGGUGGAGAAGUGCGCAAGAAGAGAAGAAGUUCGAUUUGUGUGUGAUCCGACCGUAUCCGAGAGUGAGAGAAACGAAGGAGCAGCAAAAGGACAAAAGCGAACACUCCACGGGAAAAAGGCUGGCUGGACUCCCAUUGCCUCCCCCUGUUGUGGCAUUGCCGUGAAAAUUGUGUGAGAAAAGAGCCGUUGGGUGUCGUGAAGAGCAGGAGAUUCAGAGAGCGUGAGUUGAAAUCGAAGGCACGAGGCUAGUGUGUUAGUGAACUUUGUGCUCGAUUUUGACAGAUCCUGAAGACACUUUUCCUUGCACGGGUGCGGCCAUAUUCAAGAACACUCACACACACACUCCAGGCACAUACGCACACACAGACACCAAUAGUUGGAAGCAGGCCACAGAGUCCAAUUCUGAGUGAAAAUUCAACCAGUCACUUCCGUCAAAGGGAAAUCGUGCUUUUGGGAAAGCUACUUGUGUAAUCUGAAAGACAUCUCAGAAGAACAAGUCUAAGUCAAACAAGUUCUCUGGAGUUCAAACUGUCCAAUCUAUCGGCUAGUGAAAUGUCGGGGGAUCAAAGUGGUCCCAUUGAGCUGAAUGGCACCUCUACCGGUAUCAACGGUGGUGGAGCAGGUGUCGAUGGAAUCGUCACCAAUGGUGGUAUCCCUGGAGGGGAAUCUACCAUGAAUGGUGGAGGAGGUGGCGGUGGAGAGGCCAUUACUCCAGGUGGUGGCGGAGGCAGUGAAGCUGGAGGCCUCGGUGGCCUGAGCACCGUGGACGCUGGCUGUUCCGAGGGACCGUCCAGCAUCAUCGGCGUUGGGCCACCUAGUCCACUGACCGGGUGCUAUCUGCUGAUCAUCAUUGGUGAGCCACACUCGCAGGAGCAUAAGGAUAUUAUCGUUCAGCGGCUGAUUAAAGGCUUCCUUUCCUGGGACGCUACGGACUGUCAUGUCGACCUUGAGGAGGAACUGCACACCAUUACUUUGCAGGCCCUCGAGGGAGAGGAAGGCAAGCACGGCGAACGGUUGAUCCAGUAUGCGAGCGAGAAUCUCGUCACGGAGAUCCUAAUCCAUCCGCAGAUUAACACCUUCAUCCAGUGCAUACGGAACCUGCUGAGCAGCUUCACCCGGCACCGGCACAUCAUCCACACCGGUUACACUUUCGCCGGAAAUGGAUCCUGGAUCCUGCAGGAUGGCACCUUCUCGGUGGUGGACUUUAUGGAAGCAUUCCGUGAGCAUGAGGUACAGCGGGUGCUUCGCGCCUACCCAGAUACGAUCACCAUGGACGUGCAUUGCGCUCCGGUCGGUAACUGGCAAGCAAUCCAGGACAAGUCCUUUGCCCGACUCUGUCGCAUCCGGCUGAAUCCGGUCGAUGUGCUGAGCUCGGGCAGCGAAAAGUUGAAUGCAUUCGUGGACUAUCUGGCAUCGAUGAUCGUACCGACGGAAAUUUCCGAACUGUUGGAAAGCUCCGACGUGGUCGGCAAUAUCCGCUUCAGCCAUCCGACUCUGUAUGUCUUCCCCGGUGGACAAGGUGACGCUGCUCUGUUCGGUAUCAACGGGUUCAACAUGUUAGUGGAUGGCGGCUUCAGUCGAAAAUCUUGCUUCUGGGACUUCGUUCGCCAUCUGGAUCGUCUGGACGCAGUUCUGAUGACUCGUAUCAACAACACCAACAUCAAGGGUAUAUCGGCUGUUGUUGAACGAAAACACGAAGCUCACGUCUACCCGCAGAUUGGUCACUUUUUCUGCAACAUUCCAGAACGGAAGGGACUUCUCAGCCCCGAUGGUGAUAAAGAUCGUGAUCCUUUGCUGGUAGAUCUCAUUGAAGAAGGCCACCAAAUUGUGACCAACUUGAAAUCAUUGAACCUAAAAGCACAAAACUGCUAUCGGGAUGUUGAACCCAUCAACCUCUAUCACAAGGUCGGACACGGAACACUAGAUAUGUACAUCAUAAGCCCAGCAAAGGAUUCCAAAGAAGUCAAAGAGUUCCUUGCCAAGUGGAAUGCAGCAGAUCCGAAGCUGUUCGCUCCAAGAGAUUCCAAAGAAUUCGUUUUCCCUAUGCAGAACAUUAUAUCUAUCUGUGCACUGCUAGUUUGGACCCCGGCCAAUCCGGAGGACAACAUCACCAGAAUUCUCUUCCCUGGAUCCGCACCAGAGUACAAAAUCCUAGAAGGACUGGAAAAGAUGAAAAACGUAGAAUUCAUGCGACAACCGGUUUGCACUGUCAAGUCAAUCGCGCCGAGUCUUUCGACGCAAGCGCUCACUAAGAAAUCACUAAAAUCAUCAUCCAUCGACAAGAUCAUUCCCGAGCCAAUCCUUCCGUCCAAGUCAACGAAACCAUCUGAGAAGGAUAAUAAGAUUUUAGACAACAAGAUGAAAAUGAUCGACAACAAGCUGACCGAUUCCAAGAGCUCCACAGACAUGAUGGACAGCUCAGCGGAUGAAGCCAAGCUUGAAAAACACAUCACAAAAUCAAGCGUCGCAACUGUCGCCACGGCUAAGGUUACCGUAAGUAAGUCCAAAGUAAUCAAGACGUCGUCUACCGAAUCGACGAAGAAGAUCGACAGCAUGUUGAUUGAAUCAAGCAAAAAGAUUGACCUAGACGAAAAGAAGGACUCUUCCGACGCAGGCUCCGAUAAAGAUGAAACUGAAAAGAAGGUAGCCGCUGAAGAAGCAAUUCCUGAAAAGAAACUCGUUCAAGACAAGAAAGACGACGACGCAAAAGAUUCCAAAAAAGACGAUUCUAUAACCAUCAAAGACGAAACCAAAGUAGCUAAGAGGAUCACCGAGAAAUCAAGCAGACCCUCUACAGCUCGUUCCAGAAUUGACACCAAACCGCCUAAAAUGGCAGCAAAACCAAUGAAGAAGAAGGAAGAAGCUAACAAAUCUUCACCUACAACUCCAAAGAAAUCCGUUGAACCAAAACUUACUAAUGGUAUUUCGAAAGACGAAGAGUCAAAGAAGACAACAGCUCCACCAAAAACUACAAAACCCGUGACCACUAGGCCCGGCAAGGCGAGUCCGAAGAGUACGCCAGCUAAGAGUGCAAAGGAUGCCAACAAUCGUAAGGUUCUGGAAGCACGUCAACGUCCGGCUGCAAAACCCGCUCCAGCUAAAAAAGAUUCAAUGGAAAAGAAAGAUUCGCCUCCCAAGGUUGAACGCAAACCCAUUUCACGUCGACCAAGGGGACCUACAUCGGCCACUGCUGUUGGAGGAAGCCCUGUCAAGGCGAAAAAGGUUCUAAAGUCGGAAAAAGACGCCGUUAUUCGCAAAGCUAAGCUGGAUAAGAACGGUACUACCGAUUCAAGCCUGGUAUCCACACCCAGCGCCGAUGAAGCCGGUAUUGCAGUACAGAAACGCAUCAUCGAUACUACAGCGUCAGCCGCAGCAGGUACAUCUGAUAUGGACGCCAUACAGCAACAACAGUUGGCUGAACUUAAAGAGGAACAAGAGGCAGUUCGAGAAAUUGAAGCCGUGUUUAAGCGAGAUUCUGAAAAAAUCAAACGGCAUGAAAUUCUUUCAGAACAUCGUGAGAUUCAGGAUAGCACUACCGAACCAGAAGAAGAGGAGGAGUAUCUUAUUAUUGAGAAGGAGGAACAGUACACCGAAGACUCAAUCAAUGAGCCGGAAAGCAGUGCUACAAAGGAAGAAGAAAUUCAAAAGCACCAACGAGAUUCUCAGGAAUCUGAGAAAUGCAAACGCGACAGUAUGGAAGGUGAAAAGCAAGAGAAGGCUGAUGUGGGCAAGAUGGAAGGAGAAACAGCUACAGUGGUUGAAAUAAUUGAAGGUGAUAAAGUUGAUGAGGAACAUCCAGCCGAGGAAACUCAUCAAGAAGACAAAGAAACUAUCUUGGAAAAAGAAGCUAUUGAAGAUGUCAAAGAAGAACCAAAGGAUACAGAAAAGCUAUCAGCCAAGCACAAGCAGGACAUCGAAGAAGAAGUUCAAGAUAUCAUUGCCUCGGCAAAGGAAAUUGCGAAAUCCAAGAUGGAAACUUCCAUGGAUGGAUUGAAAACGGAAGAAAUGUCAUCAAUCAGCCCUGACGAAAAGGUGAGCAGCACUAAGAAAACCAGCGACACAAGAGAUGAAAAUGAACCUGAACCAGUGCAGAAGGAACAUAUCGAACCACCACACGAGAGUCACCAUGAGGAAAGAGUUUCGGCUACAGCAGAAUCUGGUGCUACCACGACGGCUCCAACCCUGCCGGAAGACGAGCGUAUUCCACUGGACGAAAUCAAGGAAGAUCUCGUCAUUGAGGAGAAAUAUGUAAAGGAAGAGACAAAGGAAGUAGAGGUCGCACCUCCUCUGCCAACAGUGUAUGAACCACUGGAAAGACCAACUCCAGCUAAGAUGCACUUCAGUGCUCAGCAAGCCCAUAUGCGUGAUGUGGUCAAAACCCCAGAUGAAGUGGCAGACUUGCCUAUGCAUGAGGAGGCCGAUUUCGAAGAAUACAGCGAAAAUAAAGACAAAGAAGAUGAGAAGGAACGAGACACCAAAGAAAAACCGGAAGCUGUAGAUUCAGCACAAAAGAAGGAGACUGAAGUGAAGGAACCAGAGAAGACUGAUAAAGUAAUUGUGGAUAAAUCGGCAGAAAGUGAUAAACUAUGUGAUACAGUGAAGGACAUCAAGCAAGAAGUUCAGGAGGUUAUUGAGAAGGUUGCGAUUGAUACAAUGGUUGAAAAACCGCCAAAAUUGGAUACACAGCAACCGUCAGCCAAGGAUCAACAUGACGAGGCUGAUGUUCUUAAAGAUCUCGAGUCACAAAUCAUCUCCAGUGAACCAGAGAUCAAGAAACAACCGGAGACUAAACAACUAGAGCAAACUCCUGAGCAACCACCAGUAGUUGCCGAUGAUGAAGAAGAUAAAAAAUCAGUUCACGAAGAAGUUAUUGUUGCCAAGAAGGUCGAACCAAAGGUACCCGUACCGGAAACAUCUAUUUUAGAUGAAAUAUGGGGAGCACCGCAAAAGGCAGAAGAAAAACUAGAAGAACUGAAACAAAUUAUAGACGACAAGGCAAAGGAAACAACAUCCGAUCUGGUUGCCGUGAAAGAUGAAAUGUUUAAGGAGCUUGUUGACCGUAAAGAGGAAGUCAUGGAUAAAGUCAAGCAAGAAAUCAUCGAUACGGACAAAAAGGCGAAGGAAACCGUAGCCGAACUGGCGAAGGCAGCUGAAAACGUUACUGUACAAGCAGCUGAAGCCGUUGCUAAGGAAAUCGUUGCCAAGGUCGAUGCUGUUGGUGAAGAUUUGCAUAAGAAGACUCAACAGGUUGAUGAAAAAGUGGCAUCAGAAGUGGACAAAAUCAAAACCAGUGUUGAACAGGCCGCUAUCAAAGCCGAAAGCGUUCUUACCAGCAUAGAAACGGAAAAGAAGGAACUGGAAAAAUUAGCAACGGAUCUCAAACAAGAAGUAAGCGGUCAAAUUGAUGCAACCAAAAAGCAACUAGAUGAUGAAUUGAACAAAGCAGUCGAACAAGUUCAAGAAAAAGCUAAAAGUGGAAUCAGUUCAUUCUUUGGCGGAAUCACUGAAAGUAUCAAAACAGGAAUUGAAAAAGUAGCCGAUAAGGUUGAAACUAAGCUCAAAGACAAGACCGAGCAAGUCGAGACUCGUCUUCAGGAAGUAACUGACAAAAUUGAAGAACUGAAGGGCAAAGAGCCAGUAGAAGAAGUUUGUGUAAAGAAAGAGGUAACAACAGUUCCAGAACCAUCUGAGCAAACUAUCGGGUUUGAACAAUCGUUCGGUUAUGAACGAACAUUCACACAAGAAUUGCGGGAAACUCAUAUUACAACGUUAGAUUCUCCGGUUACGGAUGUAGAUAAAGUUGUGGACAUGAAGUCUUCCGUAAAUAUUCCGCAGCAUAUUGAUGAGGACAAGGAAUUGGAGGAGUUAGAAUCAAAACAGAUGGCAGGUUCGUACGUUAUUGAAGAAGUUAAAUAUUCUACCUUCGAAGAGGCCAAUCUUCGUGAGAUUAAGGAAGAGGAAGAGGAAGAUCGUGUCACUCCGCCUCAGAAGGAUGAUAAGAAAAGUUCUUCACCAAAACUGGAACCAUUUGUUGUUCCACAACGAGCCAGAACACCGGAAGAUGUCGCUAAAAUUGUGGCAAAUGUUGCUGAAGUUCUGAAGUCAGAUAAGGAUUUGGAAGAAAUUAUCCCCGGCUUCGAUCCUCAUGAACUAGAACGCAAAUUGUCGCAAGGAGCUGCUCGUGAAGAAGAUAUUGGAACUGUUCAACGAAUGCUGGUCACUGCUAGCAGCGAAGAUGGUGGGGAAGAAACGGUAAUCUGCCCAGAUGGAACAAUAACUUUCUCAAAAACUGCAACUCCAGAGCCUCCGAUUUCUGGAAAAACUACUCCGGAAAUUAAGGUUGAUGAAGACGCCGUUGAAGUUAAACCAUCAGAAGUAAGACCAGAGAAACCACAACUUCCUGAAGUUAAACAAGACGAAAAAGCAAGCCCAGCAUCAUCUGGGAAAUCUUCGCCGGAUUUGAAAACUUCUCCAACAUCUAUCGAAGAGAAAGAUAAACAUGAACUGCCUGAGAAAGUUGUAAUUGAAGCUAAAAAGACUCCUGAAAAAAUAACAGAGGAUCGCAAGGAAUCCAUUGCUGAACAGUACGCUCAAAUUGAUGAUUCUAGACGUGAAUCCGCUAUCAGCACCUUCAGCGAACGCGAUUAUACCAAAGACGAAAGUUCGAUUCUUGACGAACGUGACUCUUCCAGAGCUCAUUCGAUUUCCAGUCAUAUCAGCGAUUUGAAAGAGGACGUAGCAGACGUUAAAUCUGUAACUGAAUUCCUCAAAGAAUCUGACAAGCAACAAGAAGUAUUUACUGAGCCGGAGAAGCAAAAGGAUAGCUUGACAAAGAAGAGUGAAGAAUUGUCUAGCCCCGAAUCGAUUACGAGCCAGAAAACAGUUUCAGAAAAAUCUGUUGCAGCUGAAGCAGUUUUAAUGAAAUCAGAGGAAAAGAUUCCACAAGAGACGCAGUCAUCGAGACCAGAAUCAGCAGCUAGUCACAUCAGUUCGAAAUCCCCAUUAGACAAUGUUUCUACGUCACCUGUCGAAAUAUCUGGUCCAGAAUCAGCAAUACCAACAGAAAAAUCGCCAAUAGUCGACACAAAAUCUGAUACAAACACUUGUGAAAAGAUAGAAGCCAAAGAACAAUCACGAUCAGAAUCGGCGGCAUCAGAAAAGAUGGAGGAUGGUGCGAAGGAGAUCCCUCGUCCAGAAUCAGUUGUUUCCAAUGUUAGUGAGAAAGUUCCUUCAGACAAUAUUGAAGGUCAGCAAGACAGUAAACAAUCUUCUCGACCUGAGUCCGUGGCAUCCUAUAAAGGUGAAGGCGCUGUUGACGACAAGGAACCAUCGCAACCGGAAACUAUCCUUUCGUGUGGCGACGUUUCAGCUACCAAAGCUGAUAUCAAGCCUGAAGACAUAAAAGAAGUUUCACGACCUGAGUCCGUUGCGUCUGUAGUGAAUGAAAAGGAUGAUACCGAAAAAAAGGCGGCUACAAAAUCUGAAUCUCCGGCAAGUCAUCCUACUUCCAUUGAAACGGAGAAAACUAGUGCUGAAACUAAGGAAUCAUCAAGACCCGAAUCAGUUGCGUCUCUUGUCAGUGAGAAAGCUUUACCUGAGAAGACAGAUGACUCUAAAGAAGUAUCACGUCCAGAAUCGGCUGCAUCUCAUAUCAGUGACAAGUUGGUUUCAGAGCAGAAAGAAACAAUUCCAUCUGAAAAAGUCGAAACAAAAGAAUCACCUCGAGCUGAAUCAGUUGCGUCUCAAGAAACCAAAGAACAUUCACGACCAGAAUCCGUUCUGUCUCAAAAAAGCGACAAACCUGAUAAUAAACAAGAAGCCAUGAAGGGAUCUUCACGUCCAGAAUCCGUUGCUUCUGAUGUUGGUGAGAAGAUUACUAGUGAAGAAAAGUCAGAGGAAAUAAAAGAUGGUUCUCGACCCGAAUCAGUUGCAUCACAAAUUGUUGAAACGACUUCCCAUAGAGUUGCAAAGGACGUAGAUGAAAAACAAACUGCCAGAUCUGAAUCGGUAGCUUCCCACGUCAGUGAAAAAUCUUCAACAGAAAAGGAACCAGCUGCUAUGGAAGCAUCGCGUCCGGAAUCUGUCACUUCCCUUAUCAGCGACAAGGAUGAAACGAAAAAAGCUGAGUCUAAAGAAGCUUCACGACCCGAAUCUGCAGUUUCACAUAUAAGCGAGAAAGAAGAAGUUAAAAGUUCAUCGUCAGUCGAGAAAGAUGUGGCUAAAACAGAUGAGGCUAAGGAAGCUUCACGACCUGAUUCGGUAGCGUCUCAUGUCAGUGAAAAAGACGCUAAGGAAGCAUCGCGUCCAGCGUCAGUCGCAUCCCACGUUAGUGAGCAACUUGACACUUACAAGCUGGAAACUAAAGAAGCUUCCAGACCUGAAUCAAGAACAUCUCAUACUAGUGAGAUAAUAGACGCUAAGCUGAAAGAAGAGCCCAAACUAGUGGAAACAAAGGAUGUUGCUCAACCGGAUGCAAAGAUGGAAGAAACAUCACGACCGGAAUCAGUCGUUUCUCAUGCCAGCGAAAAAGUUUCCACUGAUAAAGCUACGGAAGCUGUACGACCUGACUCAACAGAAUCUCACAUAGGUGCGAAGGCAACUACUAUGCAAGAAGAGACAUCACGACCAAUGUCAGUCGCUUCUAAUGUUAGCGAAAAACUAGAUACUAAAAAAGAAGAACCAAAAGACAGUUCUCGACCAGAGUCAGUUAUUAGUGAAGCGACGUCUGAUAAAUUUGAUGAAAAACAAAAGGAUACUUUACAAUCUGUUGCCUCUCAGGAGAUCGUAAAAACGUCUGAAAAAGUAGAAUCAGAAUUGAUAGCAUCUCAAGUGAGUGAGAAAACAUCAGUAAAAUCAGAAGUUGAAGAAUCCUCACGGCCUGAGUCUGUUGCUUCUCAUUUGAGUGAAAAGGCCUCUUCUGAUAAAGUAGAAAUCAAGGAUUCUUCACGUCCGGAAUCAGUCGCAUCUCAUAUCAGUGAGAAGACAUCAUCUGCAGACGCGAAGUCACCAGCAGCUUCACGACCAGAUUCCGUUGCCUCCCACUCGAGUGACAAGGUUGCGGAGAAAGAAGAUAUUAAAAAAGAGGAACUGCAUGCAGCUACUCAAAAAGAAGUGAAAGAAGCUCAACGUCCUGAGUCAGCUUCCUCACAUGUUAGUGAUAAACCAGAGGUUAAGGAUACAUCACGUCCGGAAUCUGUAGCUUCUCAUGCAAGCGAAAAGGGGCCUUCCGACAAGAUCGACAUCAAGGAUGAAACUAAGGGUUUGGUACAACCGAUGUUGCCUGUUUCUCAAGAGAAGACAGAUUCCAAACAAGACGAAAAGAACGAACUCUCACGACCAGAAUCAUGUGCUUCCCAUGUUAGUGAAAAGGAAAUGUCCGAGACAACAGAAACGAAACUGGGAAGCAUGGAGGUAGCACAGCUGAAAUCAAUUGCAUCUCAGGCGAGCGAGAAAACAUCAACUGAAGUGAUAGAAACAGUCAAGGUGGUAUCGAAAGAGCCGUCCAGACCGGAGUCCGUUGCUUCACAUACAAGCGAGCAUGCCGAAACAAAAUCUGAUGCAAAGGAAAGCUCAAGAUCUGCAUCAGUUGCAUCUCAUGUAAGCGACAAGUCAGAGCCAAAACCAGAAGUUGAGGAUGCUUCACGGCCAGAAUCAGUUGCAUCCCAUACAAGUGAUAAAGAACAUUCAACGGAAAAAGAAUCGAAAUCAACAUAUGAAAUAAAAGGACAGUUGCCGGAAUCCAAAGAAGCAAGUACAUUAGAAUCUGCCACAAACAUUGUUACUGGAAAAGUACCAACCGAUGAUGGCAAAAAUGCUGAGACCAACAUAACUCAUGCAAGCGUGAACAAAGAAGAUUCAAAACCUGCUUCUAUUCUCUCACAAAUAGACGAAAAAGCUCUAUCGAGUGUAAAAGAUACCGCUCGUCCUCAAGAGAAAGAACCAUCGGUGACCGAUUCACAAUGUGGCAAAGAGCAACCAUUGAAGGAAAGUGAUUCUCGGCCAACUUCAGCAGCAAGCCACGUGAGCGAGAAAGUCUCUACGGAUAAAACUCCCGAGAAGGAAGAAUCUAGACCAGCGUCUGCAGUCAGCCAUGUGAGUGAAUCUGCUCCAUCUGAUAAACUCGACAUUAUCAAGGCAGAAGACAAGGAUUAUUGGCGGCCGGCUUCGUCAGCAAGUCAUGUAAGCGAAAAAUCGAGUACCAUAGACGCAGUUGUUAUUGAUCAGAAGGAAAGUCCUGCUCCCAUAUCAACAGUGAGUCCUACCAUCGAGAAGGAACAGAAAGAACCGUCUCGUUCGCAAUCAGCAGCAAGCGAGAAAGUUGAAGAAACUUCUCGCCCAGUAUCUGUUGCUAGCGACAAGGCGAAAACAGUGGAAUCGAAGGCAGACGACAAAGAGGCAUCUAGACCAACUUCAGCCGCUAGUCAUAAGAGUGAAAAGGAUUCUCACAAGGCCGAGUUUGAAAAAGAUUCGUCACGACCAGCCUCAUCUGCCAGCCAUGCUAGUGAAAAGGGUUCUGUUUUGCAGGAAACAGAAAGUACCAAAACAGAAGAGAUGGAUAUUGCAGUCAAAGUAGAAUCAAAAGACGAUAAGGAUCCAUCUCGUUCAGCUUCGGUUGCGAGCCAUGUGAGUGAGACAGAUAAGGAAGUUGAUGAGAAAACUCAGUCACGCCCAGAUUCGGCAGCCAGUCAUGGUCCUUCAGACAAAUCAGUACCAAAAGAUUCUAAGCCUGACGAUAAAGAACUUUCGUUGCCGGAAAGCACAACUAGUGAAACCGUUGCUAAACCCUUAGAUGCUUCAUCAAUUGAUAAAUUGAUCGGAGAAGGAGAUUUCUCUCGUCCAGAAUCGCCAGCAAGUUGUUCUAGUGAUAAAGUAGAACCUUCGAAGGAGCCCAAAUCGACGUUUGUAGAAAAAGACUUAGCUCGCCCAGAUUCGUCAUGUAGCUACCAUGGUGAGCAUAUUCCAGAUGAGAAACCAUUCUCACGUCCGGAGUCUCCUGAUAGCUGCGCCGAUGAUAAGUUGAACGAAGUAGAGACACAACCUGCAGAAAAACAGGUAACUGGAGAUGAUGCAGUAAAGCAGGUAAUUGACACUACGAAAGAUGUUAAAAAAGAAGACAUGGAAUCUCCCGAGGUGAAAGAGUUCUCGCGUCCUGAUUCUCCAGCUAGUUGUGGAGAUGAAACCGAGCUAACAUCGAAGACACCAGAAUCCAGCAUUCCCGAGAAGCAUCUAGCCAGAGAGGACUCCGUGCAAAGCUACCACGGUGAACCGAUUCCCGAAGAAAAACAAUUCUCACGACCUGAUUCUCCAGCUAGUGGUGGUGAAGAUGAAACACCUGCCCCAGUUGUUAAGUCUAAGGAAUCCUCUAGGCCAGAAUCCGCAGCAAGUCAUAUCAGUGGAAAGGACAAGUCACCUGUUGGCAGUGAAGCGAAGGAAUCCCUUACUUUGAACGAGAAAGAUACUUCAAGACCUACGUCAGCAGCAAGUCAUGCAUCUGACAAGUCAGGUGCUACUGAAGCUAAAAUGGAAUCACGACGGGAAUCUGCCACACAAGAAGAACGUCCAUCAUCAGCAUUGAGUGAUCAUGCUGAUAAUGCACAGGAAGAGAAAAUCUUUAUGAAGGAAUCUCGAUCGAAGUCGCUUUCGGCGGUCAUGUCUUCUACGCCACAACGCAUUGGAUUUGAAGGUAGCGCAUUAGGCGUUUUGGAAGAAAGUGCAGCCACAUCGCGUGACGAUUUGCAUAUUUUGAAAACUCCUCGCGAAAGUAUUACCAAGAUAGAAGAAAUGGCAUUCACAGAGAAAAAACAAACUUUCACUGCAUCCAAGACAGGAAUGUCGCUAUUCGGGCCGAGUCAAUUCCCGACUGAGGAGCGAAAAGAAGCCGAAGGCUUUCCGAUAGCAGGAGCCGAACAUGAAAGUCCGGAUCAAACUGAUACCAUCAUUCCAGGAGUCGAUCAACUACUGAAGGAAACCGCCAGUUCAAUGAAGGAGAUUGAAAAAAUGUCUUCAUCAGUUAUAACUAUGAUUCAGACAACCGAGAAAAAAGACGAAUCAAUCAAGCAGGAGAGCAAAAGCUCGACCCUUGCUUUCCCUCUGCUUGAUAGUGGCAAAUCAACUCCAAUGUCGGGUGAAAAGGAUAAAUCGCAAACUUCCAGCAUCAAAUCGACUAGUCCUCACGACAAGGAUUCACUAGAGGGCAGUUCAGCGUCAUUGAACACGUUUAUCGAAAAGGAUAGUCUGUCUGAAAGUACGAGUAAACAGGUUACAAUCAAGAUGAGUGCUGUGGAAGAAAUUGCUGAUUUAAAAAGCAUGACUACAAGUACAAAAGUAGAAUGCACUGAGUUACUAGGAGGAUCAAAAACUCCUCCGACAGCUCCAAUCAGUCCUAAUGUCGCAAAAGAAGAUUGCACUUUGGGGCAGCAUAUUGAAAGCACCGUAACAAGUAUCAGUGCCACGACUGGUACCUCAUCUAGCCAGGGGAUUGUCAAGCAGCAAAAGGAAGAUGUGUCUGGUAUUUCAACACCUAAAGAGUCUGUACCAUCUGGCAAGAGCAGUCCAGGUCUAAUGUCCGUUCACACAGGUAGUACAGAUAGUGCGUCCAAGUCAAUCAAUCUCGGUCACAGUUCAGGUAUUGAAACAUCAGAAUCAUCUCCAAAACCAACGUCUCCAUUCCCGAAAUUGUUAGAUACGCUGAAAACCGAUGAAGUAAAGACCAGCUCCGGCAUGAGUACUCCGGAUAUGACGCGUACCUCUACGCCGGACAUGGUAGAUUCUCAGAUUGAACGCAUCCCCGAAGAUACUAAGGAAGAAGUGAAGCAAGACGUUAUCACUACGACUACCACCACGACGAAGCGCUACAUCAUCAAGGAUGGCGAAAAGAUCGAAGUUGGAAGCACGGUCAAAACAGAAGUAUCAGGAGAUUCGAAGAAGGAUGAUACUAGCAGCGCUGGCGAAUCAAUGUCAACUUCAACAACCACUACGACCACUACUACAAAGGUCGUUAAAGAAGCCAUUAAAACUCCCAUUAAUCUUACUUUAGCAACAACGGAAGACAGGAGUCUAACUGAAGAUUACGAUGAAAAAGACGUGAUGUCACCACGAUCGGAUAUUUCCUCAGGACAAGCUUCACGAAUCGUAGCUGGCUGGCAUGACGAAGACGUUCCUGGAUCUCCAAUGAGUGUUACUUCGCAAGCUCCUCUAUCGCCAAGCACGAAGUACACCUAUGAUUACGAUUUGCAACACUCGAGUUCCGGUGUCAGCAAGAAAUCAGACAUUGAAAUCGACGAUAGUCAGGAUGAAAUACCUCCACAAUACGGGAGUGACGAGGUUAAAUCAGCAAUCACCAUCGCCUCAGCGUUUAAACCUGAUCCCAUGAGUACCUCUUUCUACGGACAGCUACCAGACGUAUCGGAUACGGCUGUUACUACUUCUGUAACAUCUACAAAGUCGGUUCCUAUUCCCAUUACAACUGGCAAAGCAUUCACUAAGACUUAUAUGGAAUACGCUUCCAGUGGCGACAGUAGUGUAGACUCGAGUCACAUCCAUAAAUCAGCAGAUCGAAAAUACCUUGACGAAGCGGAUCUUGAUUUCGAGAAAGCGUUCACCAAGUCCGACAAGGUAGAUCUGAUGACCCAGUCAAUGCACUUCUCCAGCGAAAAGGAAUUUAUGGCUGCAACUACAACAACAUCGUCUGCUAUGACGACUGUGGCCGAUAGCAGUAAAAAAGAACUAGACUUUACUGCCAGCGGUCUACCGACUACCAUUUCAGCAUCGCAAGCACAAACCACACUUACUACUACAGCACAGUCCAGCACUACCGCCACAACCAGUGGAAGCACCAGUCAACAGUCACAGUCAGACAAAGACAAGGAUCCUCUUGCUUCGUGGGGAAAGCCUCUCGGAUUGCCUUCACCAGCGCCACUGAACGACGAAAACAUGAAAACCACCCCGAAAAGAGAGCGCAAGAUGAUCCUGAGCAAGACGAAGCUGAACAACGAAAAGAACCUACGGAAACGAUCCGAGUCCCCGAUCAAGUCGGCGAAGAGGCCAGCACCGGUCUACGUUGAUCUGUCGUACGUGCCACAUCACGGUAACUCCUACUACGCCAACGUGGAGUUCUUCAAGCGGGUGCGAGCCAGAUACUACGUCUUCUCCGGAACAGAACCAAGCCGCGAAGUGUACAACGCCCUGCUAGAGGCGAAGCAAACGUGGGAAGAUAAAGAAUUAGAGGUAACUAUCAUUCCAACUUACGACACAGAUGUGCUUGGUUACUGGGUAUCGGAGAACGAAGAUCUGCUUGCCAAGUACCACAUUGACCUGUCCCCGUCGGCGGCACGCUGCACAAUCAACCUGCAGGAUCACGAAACGUCAUGUUCGGCCUAUCGACUGGAAUUCUAGGCGAGCGGGAUCUUUGUAGCAUUUUCCAGUGAUAUCCAUACGGUCCACACACAGUCCCAAGGAGGGUCCUCGCCGAGAGACUCCUCGAUUGCCGCUACGCCAGCAGCCGUCGUCGGAGCCGCCAGCGAAGAAGUGCUCCAUCAUGCCUAAACUUACCCCCGGCUUGAUAUCCGUAGUAGUCCGUGAUCUAGGAGAAUGCAUCCCGUUUCAAAUCCCGUAUAAAUCUUUUACUUAUUAUAGGGUUAUGUUUUUAGACCAUUAGGGAUCCUUAGGAUCUCUAGAAUUUAGCAACAGGGUCUCUUUCUGGUAGCUGGAAAGGGGCAAACAAUUCGAAUUUCCUAUACUAUUUAUUCAAAAUGAUUAGUUUCGUUUCUAUUUAAGAAAGACGAACACACUGGAAUUCUCUCACAUACACAUAUUUAUACACAAAACACAUCUUUAAUGUUCUGUAAUAGGUAAUAGUUAGUAUUUAUGAAACAGUAGCCUAAAAAGGAUGAAACAAAACCAAUACCUAGGAGAAGACAAUUAAUAUGAGCUUAACGAUCACAAACACAAAUAGAAAAAGACAAACAAAAACCUUAGUAGAAAUCGGGCCUCCUUCUCAGUAAUAGACAAUUUUGCGAUCGAACCUCAGCUACUGACCGAUAAGACCGAAGAAUCUAGAAGCAAAUAACAAGCCAAAACACUCCAAACUAGCCGUCGUUGGCGUUGUCGAGGAGACUUACCGUAUCUAGGAGCAAAUUCGAAUCAGUACCUAUGAAACAAACAAAGUUAAAACCAAUAUGCGAUGGGUGAGUCCUAGUGAAUCAAAAAUAUUGAUUUAAUGAUCCUACAACAGUGCUAGAGCAAGGUAGCUAGAGAUGUGAUAACGUUUUAAUGGUAAUUCAACUGGCUACGACAUAAUGAGAAAAUUCCUUUGAAAAUUGACAUGAAUUCUAAACCUACAUCAAAUGACUGUAAGCACUGGAAAUGAACUUUUUGAUUAAUUCUAAAUUCAAAAUGACCGUAGCAGUGGCUCCAUUAAAGUGCUUACCGAACCUAUUUUUUCGUCGAAUCUAAUGUUAUUAGAUAAACUUGAAGUAUGAGAACUUCUCCUCAUCCGAUUAUCGAUGCAUUUUAGAAUCUCGCAGUGAAGUGUAAAAAUCGCGCACGCAACUUCCGUCUAAAGUAUUUUUCAGAAGAUAAACAUACAUACACACACAUGCACGCGCGCCAUAUUUUAGAGAGCACUUUUGACACAUUCAAACCGAAAGCCAAGAAACCGACGCCAUUUUGGAAGUAUUUUUACACCGAUCAAUAAAUAACAUUUAGUAGAGGAACUUUGAACGAAACAAUUGAUAUGCUUAUUGUUCAUGCAAAAUGUAAAAAAGCGUCGAUUUUGUCAUUUAUACUGCGAGUGAGAUAGACGGGUCGAGAGGAGAAGUGAAUGGAAAACAAAACGGGACAUUCUUAUCAAAUUAAUAGAACUAAAAUCACGAAGAAAAUCCUCACAUUCUCUUAUAUAUUUACGAUAAUAAGAUCUAUUGACACGUUAGCCUGUUAAAUGACGCCAAUGUCACAGUAUAAAGGCAAAUUAUCGAGAUCGUAUAUUUUUAUAUACACAAACAGUAUAAAGACAAGUCUUACACAGCAAAGUUGGCAAUGGAGCUUGGCUCUGGGAAAAUAAAGACAGAAAAGAAAAUCUUGAACGUUAAGCGAUGGUUAUUACAAAAAAUCUCUUUAAUCUUGAAUCAACCAAAUUCUGCUAAUAUAUAUAUACAUCAUAGAGAGAUAAAAUGACAAUGGAAACAUAAGAACAUGUGUAUUAACACUAUUAAAAAAGAUGUAAAACUAGAUUGUCGUUUAGUUCCUCCUCUUCCUUGAAACUAAAAACACAAAUCUUUCAAUGCAUUAUGAUUCUAAAAUUGACUUUAAAGAUAAAACUGCAAACUUUAACACCUAAAUCUGGAUUAAACUGAAAUGGCGUUGUUAACUACUUUUAUUCUAAAAGAUGUUCAAAUUCGUUUAGUAAUUCCAGAUAUCAUCAAAAAAGUACCUUCUUCAAUCACCCUCAACCCAAACCUAAGACCCGUUUCUACACAUGCUGUAUUAUGGUACCUAUUAGUUCAUCCUGCUGGUGAAUCUAUGAGAUAGAAAGUUUCUUAGAUUAAAUAAAAAAUAAUAUUCUCGAACAAAUAUUACAAUUACACACACAGUUGAUCGAUACUAACAAACAUAAAAAGAACAAACAAAUCUUAAAAACUAAAGAAAAUCUUAGUGAUGUUUACGCCAGCAAAUACUUAUUGAAAAACAAAUGUUACGUAUAUUUAGACAUCAACAGGCUAGACAGAUAAAUCCAUAAACAAGUGCAGCAGUAAAGCAUUGUAGUCGUGCGAAUGGACCGGAACUGGAACCAGAAAAGAUUGUUGAACGAAAAAUGAAAACGAUUUUUAUACGCGAUUUUAAGCUUUUAUAGUAGUGAAGAUGACCACAACAAGACACAGCUUAACAACCAUUUGGAUAGAAUUCAAACUCAACUCAAGACCGAUCCUUCAAACAAGGCUUCAAAACAGAUAGUUAGUGUUUAUUGAAAACAAUACGAACAGAAAUCCAAUCGCUUCGUUUCCCCGUUGUCAAAAUCUAAGUAAGCAAUGAGUUUCGCUUGAUUAUCGUUGCCUGCUAUGUUUCUGUUAUGUUUGGCUGUCCCAUAAGAAACACAAUAAUUUUGUUCAUAAGAUGGUACAUCUGACGCUUAUCAGAACAAACAUAUAUGUUGAAAGGUGAGCUGAUAAUCUGCUCUUUUGUGAAUGUUUAUGAACGUUAUGGGCCAACUACGAGUUAAACCAAAUGAAAACUACCGUAGUGAGGUGCUAGGGAAAUGCCGGAAAUGCCUUUUCUUGGAAAGAAUCUAUGAAAUAAAAGCGCUGUAAAGCAGAGGUGUGUCGCUUUAGAAACGCUAAUAGUGCACGUUGUGAUGAAUGAACAGCAAAGAUUAGAUUGUGCAUGUUAAAGACUUUUUGGAUGUGAUUUUACAAGUUAGGUUCUUCUGUUGACCAUUAGAUUUUUCGUUUGCAAAGCACAGCUGAGUGUAUUGUAGAGGCGAUAGUGCAGAAAUACAAUUUUAUUCAGUUUACGCGACAGUUAAGGCGAUUAUUUGACUUAUCUUUUAUUUUGAGAAGAGAUAUAAAGAGAAGACUAAGAAAACAAAUAAAAACAAUGAUAUUAGAUUUAAAAAUUGCAAGCAUGGAAACACUUUUUGGAGAAAACAAAUAGAAGACACAUUGCAUGUAUUAAAAUAGCGAAAAAAACUAUUCAAUCUGUCAACUGUAUUAUGAUUAUGACAGAAUAAUAAGACAAAGAAAAAACAAUUUUAGCUUCAUCUAGUCAGUUGAUUCGAUGUUUCGUCUGUUAAAUGAUUCCUUACAAAAACCAAAAUCAAAAAAUGCCUGCAUUGCACCGUUUCAUCACGCAAAAAAUCAACAUUUUCCGUGAUCUUUGCUAAUUGUUGAUAACCCAUUACGAUGGUUGCAGUUUAAAAAGAGAACAUUUAAUGCAUUUGUCACGAAAGCGCAGAAAACUAUGACCAUUAUCCUUAACGCCGAUACAGUAUAAAUUCAACCAAUAAAAUCUCGCACGCUGAUUCCCAAACUUGAUCAAGAUACGAAAUGAGAAAAAAAAAACAUCACGCAAAAUCCACAUGUCUUGCAAAAACGACAUCAUUGUGAUGACGGUCAUCCAUAGAAACCAGGAAUGGGAAACGUAU